AUGUUGGAUCACCAUCCAGUUGCUAUUACAGUGGAGGUGAAGCAAGAAGAAGACAUUAAACCCCCUUCUCCACUGGUUUUAAAUUCUGAACAGAGUUACACUUUUGAGCAAAGAGAAGAACAUGAAUUAGUACAUCUUAUGGAAAGAUCUGUGUUGCCAUCACUUUCCUCUGUUGAUGUGAAAAUGACAUUGUCUCCAUCUUAUAUUCCAAGGAGAGAUGACUUUUUUCAUCAUGGGAAUGGAGGACACUUCAGGUCACAAUUAGGGUAUGGCCCUCAGCAUUUGCAGAAUUUGGAGCAUCAGAUAAUUUUAGAAAAUAAAAAAAAAUUUGGACUGUAUGUUAGGAAGAAGAGGGAUGGAUUGAAAAGAACACAGCAGCUAGAAGAAGAGUUGCUACAAUUAAAAAUUGAAGUGGAGAGGCUGAAAUCAAUUCGCUUACAGCAUGAUCUGCCUGAAUAUGAUAGCUUCUAA